UCGCCCACUGUGCACUCAACCUGAAUCCCGAACGCAGCGGUAUAAACGCGUUAUAUCUUGACCGCUGGAGCACCCGGUGUGCUAGAUGAACUGUCAUAGAAUAAAGCUCUCUUCUUGGCGCGACAUUGAACUGAACAGACGUAAGCCACUGACUUCUGCGUAUAAUUAUUUGUGUGCUCUUCCGAAUUGUGCUAAAUCUUAUUAAAACGACCAAUUAACCUUCUGCCAACCGUAAAACGCUUGGUCGUUACAUCUCAGAAGUGGGAUUACCAACAAAAAGUCGCCUACAAACCGCCUGCAAGCCGCUUAACCAGCCGGUCUACGUGUGUCUGUGUACGUGUGUGCGUGUGACAUAACGCCAUCUCAUCAAAUGGUGGGCAAAGACGAACUUCGCCGGGCGCUCAUCGAAGCCGGCGUCGACGUACCGAAUACCGCCACCCUCGCACAACUUCGGCAACUUUACGCCUCUCUCGAGCUGGUCGCUCGUUCCCCCCGUGCAGCGCAGCCCACCACCUCGGCCAUGGCAUCAGCCUCCGCUUACGCAAACCAUCCCGAGGCCGCCAUUUUGUAUCUCCCUCAUGAAAAUGGCGGUGACGCCGUUAAUGAUGCCGCUUCGACGAACAACACCACCGACGCCAAUGCUAAUCUGCCCUCCGCUCAAGGUGUAGCUGCCGCCCUUCCCCGCUGUUCCGACGAUAUGGAGGCUCACCUCGAAGCGCUGCGAAUGCAGCUACAGUUAGCCGAAUUGCGUCAGAAAGUGCAUCAACUCGAGGCGCAGCAACCGACCGCCGUUUGUGUAAAGGAUUUCGAAUCCUUCAUCGAGCCGCUUGAUGCUGAGAAAAAUUCCGAUGUCAUCCGCUGGUUCCGUGAUUUGGAACGCCUUUUCUCACUCCAUCGAGUAUGCGAUGCGGACAAAUUUUUGUUUACUCUUCGGCUCCUCACAGGCACGGCAGCUAACGUCGCCAAAGAAUUUGACGUCACCACUUACGACGAACUGAAAAUGGAGCUUAUCGACAACCUUCAUUUCGUCGCUACUCCUGAAUCUGUGUACCGCCAACUCCGCAAUCGUCGGCUGCAGCCCCAAGAAUCUGCCCUCCGCUACCUGUUUGAUAUGCAGCGCAUAGCUGGCCAAGCCGACAUUCCUGAUUCGGAACUGAUCCCGAUCGUCAUCGAUGGAUUGGGAAGCCCGUCAAUUACUUCAAGCCUGCACUUCAUGCCCCUCACGAUGGAAGAUUUCCGGAAGAAGCUGAAGCUUUUCGAGUCUUGCCGUCAUCUUCGAGCCAUCAAGCCCCCUUCCGCCGUUGUUCGGGCCCCGAUGAACAACCGUAUGGAACGGCCCCUAACGUCGCAGGAACCUGUCCGCUGCUUCAACUGCUCCCGAUUUGGACACCUUCAGAGUGCCUGCUCCAAGCCGAAGCGCCCACCCGGCGGAUGUUUCCGCUGUUUCCAGACUGGGCACGUCUACCGCAAUUGCCCUGAACGUCGGGCCAACGCUACUGUUGAGGGCGGUAUUAGCUCGGAGGAUACUCUCGGCACAAACCAAGAGAUACAGGGAGUCCUGUGAGCUUCAUCAGUGACACAUUAGUACCAGCUAGGCUGCUAGGACCUUUUUCAACAACUGAAUACUGCACUAUGGUUAAGGGACCACUUUAUUCUCGAGGACGAAUUAAUUGCACAAUCCAGUUUAGGGAUCAUUCUGUUCGACAUUCUUUUAUUAUAUUACCUGGAAUUGCGUGGCCUGUCAUUAUUGGUCGCGAUUUACUUAAUUCUCUUAACAUUUCUCUUACUUAUUCAUCUUUUUCAAAAUCAUGUAUUACUAAAACCCCGUUGACGGAACUUGAAGAAGUUGAUACAACUCUUCCAGAAAAAUUAGAAGAUGCUAUUAGGAGUAUUUGCUCGCUCGAUGUAAUCGAAGCCGAAAAUGAACUGGAUUUAGGAGAUACUCUAUCCUUAGAGCAGCGUUCAAUUGUUAUUUCUAUUAUCAAGAAUUCAUACCUCAAAUAUAUUUCAAACACUAAACCACUCGUA